ACCAAUAACAAAAAAUUUUAUGAUCCAGUUUGGUUCGGCGUCGCAGUUAAAGAAUUAAUUAUUGCGGCCCCUCUUACAAUAUCUUUCUUUUCAUUAAAAGAACCAAGAGAAGAAAAACAAAAGCAAAAUAAUAUCUAUGUAUUAAGAACGUAG